AUUUUAAAUAGUUUUUAUUUUUUAAUCUUUACUCUUUUUGGCAAGCAAAGUCAUUUAUUAUUUUCCACAUUCUCACGGUUUUUGCCCACAAAUCACCUCUUCUUUUUCUUUUCUCGUUUAAUAAAACAUUCUCACGUUUCAAAAAAACUUUCAAAAAAACUUUUAUUUUUUCCAGCAAUUUUCGAAUUUUUGGCCGUCGCCUUUGGCCUUGUCAGUAUUCGGGCAGUGGACAAUCAACAUUUCCUUUGCAUGGAUUCAAAGGGACAAUUGUAUGCUGCUUCAGAAAAUAAUUUCUCUGCUGAAUGUGCUUUUCUUGAGGAAAUGCAUCCUCAAGUCUACAAUUUAUAUUCUUCUUGUGCUCACGGAUAUCCUAAACGUCCCUGGUUUGUAGCCUUAAGCAGGACUGGAAAGCCCCGACGAGGUAAAAGCACCAGAAGGGGUCAAAGCUCAACACACUUUGUUUUGAUCGACGGAGGAGGGCGACAAGGGAAUCCCUUGGACACGCUCGGACAUGCUCGUAGCCGUGCUGAUUGGUUGAUUAACUGGAGGAAUUUUUAUGGUAACUUGGAGGGGGAGGGAGGGGAAUUAAGUAAAAAAAAUUUCAAAAAAAUUUCCAGAAAUUGA